AUGUCGCCAAAAGGAAAAGAGAAAGCUACCUCGCCGUCACUUGAUGAAACGCUUGGGGAGAUGGAUGAUGUAGGAAUGGAUGACGAUACUGCUGGGCUUCGAAACGCUCAGGACGCGGCAAUAGCGUUGGCCAUGCAGCGGAGAUUGUGGGGUGAUGCCGAGGAAGACGGAGAGAAUCAUGGUUCUGAGUCUGAGAGAGUGGUAGAUGAGUUUGAUGACUUAUUCGACGAGUUGCCGGAUGACACGCUCAGCGACUCGCCUGAAAAUGCAGGUGGUGAAGAACAGCCGGAUAAUGCCCCAAUCAAUUCUGCAAACGAUGCAGAGGAACCAGCGCCCGCCAAAACCCCACCCCCCAUCCUAACGGCUGCUGAACAACAAGCGGAAGAUCAGGAACGAGCAGAUGCGAUCGCCGACAUAGGCCAAAACUGGGGCCAAGACUUUACCACAAUGGGAGACUGGAUGGCAGACAACAACUGGCUUCAGGGUUCCACAGAACACUUGACAGAACGGAACUGCGAGAUCGAUACAAUUCGCCAGUUCCGAAGCUUGUCGGAGUUGACAAAGGGUCAAGGUCGAGAGAUAAGACACCAAAUAGAGCAGUUUUACCUGAUACGAUGGACCAGAGGACGCGCACGGCCUAUAGGUGAUUCCAAGCACAAGAAACAGGCCAAUAUACGCGAAGAUCUGAAGAGGCUAUGCGAAGGGGAAUGGGUGAAGCCAGAAAAUGAGAAGAAACCAAAAACCAAACGAAAGGGGAAAGCUCCGCGGAAGACGACACCCCGGAAGAGAGCGAAGACCAAGGCUAGCUGUCAAGAACCAGUGGAUGAAGAUGACGAGGAUACUUCCGACUCAUCUCCGGAUGAGAUACCCUCGACCGAACCAAUCAAGAAGACAGGAAAAGGAACGGGAAAGGGAAAGAAGAAGGCCAACGAUGCAGAAAAGACAGACAAAAACGGGAAUCCUCUUACCAGUAUAACAUCGGCAGCACAAAGAGACGCCGCACUCCGACGCAUAUAUCAUAACUGGCAGAUAAGCUCGCUGCACGGGCACUUCCACGCCAGGCUGCACGAAGACGAUGUUAGCGACGACAAAGGUAUCGACUUGAGUGUCAUCGAGCUGCUUCGCGACUUGUCCGAGGUUAGUGCUACCCACGCGCAGGGUGAAGAGAUCAGAGAUGAACUCGAAGCACACCUGAGAGAGAUGGACGAGUAUGACCUGGCGUCUCUCCAUCGCAGGAUAACAAUCACUGGUCAGGACUAUCAUACUGAGGCAGAGAGAAGAGCAAAGGAAGAAAAGGAAAGACGACGUCAGGAAGCGGCCGAAGAAAAACGUAAGAGGCUAGCUGCAGCAAACGACAAAAAAAAUGGCGAGGGUCCAGGGGCUGAAGCCGAAGCUGAAGAUGCUGAGAAGCGGCCAGCCAGUUCUACUGCUGCGCCAGCGCCAACCGGCACGAGAUCAAACCAAGCCCAAAGCCAGGGGACUGACAGGCGCAGAACUAGAGCGAGUGUCGCAGCGGAAGCUCGUAGAAGGGCUCAAUCAGCAGGAAACAACUCUUCACAGUCACUGGUAGUUAAGCUGAAAGUACCUCCUGGUGCACUUGGAACAGGCGGGCCAUCAGCUGGUGGAGCAUCAAACACCGCUCAGUCGGGCAGCAAAGCAAAGGCCGCGACUAGGGAUCGCUCAGCGUCUGCAGUCCAGCAGGAAGGAGGCGACGUUGCUGAUCCAGAUGAAAUCGAGACACCAGCUCCUCUCCCAGAUGAGCAAGCAGCUGAACAGCGAAGCUCAAUUUCAGAGCAGCAGUCGGAGCAACGUGUACCUUCGCCAACUCCAGCAUCACCCAACUUCCAGCAAGACGAGCCCGAGCCCGUCCUUCCAAAUGACCCAGCGCCGCCAGAGCCCCAGCCAGGCCCCCAAGCACCUCAAUCGCCGACGCACAUUGAACAUCAAUAG